AUGGCCCUGCUGCUCCCAGCUCUCAUGGUCGCCCUGGCCCUGGCCCUGGCCCGGGUCCUGGAAGCUGACGUCCUGGAUGCGGACAGCUCCGUGCUGGUGGCGCGCGGGCUGCGCAUCAAGGUGAGCGAGGCCUACCGGUUCCGCGUGGCGCUGCCCGCCUACCCCGCAUCGCUCUCUGACGUCUCCCUGCUGCUGAGCGAGCUGAGGCCCAAUGACUCAGGUGUCUACCGCUGUGAGGUCCAGCACGGCAUCGAUGACAGCAGCGACGCGGUGGAGAUCAAGGUCAAGGGGGUCGUCUUUCUCUACCGGGAGGGCUCUGCCCGCUAUGCUUUCUCCUUUGCCGGGGCCCGGGAAGCCUGUGCUCGCAUAGGCGCCCGCAUCGCCACUCCAGAGCAGCUCUACGCCGCCUACCUCGGGGGCUACGAGCAGUGCGACGCUGGCUGGCUGUCGGACCAGACCGUGAGGUGGGCUGGGGCCAGCGGAGGUGGACGCCCGGGAGGAGGGGCCUGCGGGGGCGCGGCCUGGCCCUGGACCCGAGCCUGCGCCCCCAGGUAUCCCAUCCAGACCCCGAGAGAGGCCUGCUACGGUGACAUGGACGGCUUCCCCGGUGUCCGGAACUACGGCGUGGUGCACCCGGACGACCGCUACGACGUGUACUGUUAUGCUGAGGACCUGAACGGGGAGCUGUUCCUAGGCGCCCCUCCAGAAAAGCUGACGUUGGAGGAGGCCCGGGCAUACUGCCGGGAGCGGGGUGCAGAGAUCGCCACCACGGGCCAGCUGUACGCAGCCUGGGAUGGUGGCCUGGACCGCUGCAGCCCUGGCUGGCUGGCCGACGGCAGCGUGCGUUACCCCAUCGUCACGCCCAGCCAGCGCUGCGGUGGGGGCCUACCUGGCGUCAAGACGCUCUUCCUCUUCCCCAACCAGACCGGCUUCCCCAACAAGCACAGCCGCUUUAAUGUCUACUGCUUCCGGGACUCUGCCCACCCUUCUGCCAUUCCUGGGGCCUCCAACCCAGCCUCUGAUGGGCUCGAAGCCAUCGUCACGGUGACAGAGACCCUGGAGGAGCUGCAGCUGCCUCCUGAAGGGAUGGAGAGCGAAUCCAGGGGAGCCAUCUACUCCAUCCCCAUCAUGGAAGAUGGGGGAGGCAGAAGCCCAACUCCCGAGGGCCCACCAGAGGCCCCCAGCACCCUCCUAGAAUUUGAAACUGCAUCCAUUGUACCUCCCACGGGGUCCCCAGAGGAAGAAGAAGUGUACGGGGACGAAGAAGAGGCAGAGGAGGAGGAGGACGUAUGGGCAUGGCCUGGUGAACUCAGCAGCCAGGUGCCCUCACAAGAAUCGGAGGACUGGCUCUCCCAGGCACCGUGGGUCCUGCAGCCGGGCACAUCGCCAGCUCCUGAGGGAGACUCAGAAGCUCCCCGACCUCCAAGGCUCCGCGGACCACCUACCGAGGCUCUGCCCGCUCCCACAGAGGGGAGCCCAGCACCCCCACUGCCUUCCACUCCAGCUGGGGCGAGAGAGGUGGGGGAGGAAACUGGGGGUCCAGAGCUCUCUGGGGUCCCUCAAGGAGAAAGCGAGGAGGCGGGGAGCUCCGAAGAUGCUCCCUCCCUGCCUCCUGCCACUGCAGCCCUCCCAGGGACGAGGGAACUGGAGGAGGGCCCCUCUGAGAACUCUGGAAGAGCAGCCCCCGCGGGGACCUCGGGGCAGGCCGCUCCCGUGCUGCCCACUGACAGCGCCGGCCGAGGUGGAGUGGCCGAGGCCCCCUCACCAGGUGACUGCGUACCCAGCCCCUGCCACAACGGUGGGACGUGCGUGGAGGAGGAAAAGGGGGUCAGCUGCCUGUGCUUGCCUGGCUAUGGGGGGCCUCUGUGCGAUGUCGGCCUCCGCUCCUGCAGUCCGGGCUGGGACGCCUUCCAGGGCGCCUGCUACAGGCACUUCGCGGCGCGCCGCAGCUGGGAGGACGCGGAGAGCCAGUGCCGAAGGCUGGGCGCGCACCUGGCCAGCGUGCGCACGCCCGAGGAGCAGGCCUUCCUCAACGGUCGCUACCGAGAGUACCAAUGGAUUGGGCUCAACGACAGGACCAUCGAAGGUGACUUCUUGUGGUCGGACGGCGUGCCUCUGCUCUACGAGAACUGGAACCCUGGGCAGCCUGACAGCUACUUCCUGUCUGGAGAGAACUGCGUGGUCAUGGUGUGGCACGACCAGGGGCAGUGGAGCGAUGUGCCCUGCAACUACCACCUGUCCUACACCUGCAAGAUGGGGCUGGUGUCCUGUGGGCCCCCGCCGGAGCUACCACUGGCCCGAGUGUUUGGCAGCCCACAGCCACGCUAUGAGGUAGACACUGUGCUUCUAUACCGGUGCCAUGAAGGCCUGGUCCAGCGCAACCUGCCCCUGAUCCGCUGCCGGGAGGAUGGCAGCUGGGAAUCCCCUCAGAUUGCCUGUGUGCCUGGAAGGCCCGCCCAUGAUCCACCCCCAGCGAAGUCCUGGGGACACCCGGGAAGGCUACCGGGCCAGAGGCCACUGCUGACCCCUCCUUCUAGCCCUGCUCCUGGCCCUGAGGGAACGAGGCCUUGAACACUGCUGUCUGGGCCCUGUCCUCUACCCGCAUCCCUCGCACCCUGUGCCCUGAGCCACAGGAAGUGACAGCUGAGAGGCCAGGAGCGCGUGACAGGGCUUCUGGGACAUCCUGGCCACUGUAGCUAGGCCUGGCCCUCUCUUCCCAUGGGUGAGCCCUAGGGGGUUUCGUGCCCACUCACUCUUGGUAUUCACAGGGCUUUUGGGAUGGAGUACCAGUAACACCAGCAGGAAAUAAAAGUGUGCUUAAG